CUCUCCUCCCGCCAUCCCAGAGUAGGAGGGAGAGAGGAGAGGAGAGAGAGGAAGAAAGGAGGUAGAAGGGACAAAUACCAAGAAUUACACCACACCAGGACACCCCUUCCGCCAUGACGUGAGAUAUUAAAGCAUGCAGAACACCUCAGAGCACCCUAAGCUCGUUAUGUCAGGGACGCCGCCAGCUGUGGGGGCGGCGGCGGAGGAGGAGGAGGAGGAGGAGGAGGAGGAGGAGGAGGAGGAGGUGGCACGGGAGCGGGGGGCGGGGGGGCGACAGGGGGCGGCGCCUCUACGGGGGGCGCCGCCGCUGUUGCUCCUGCCGCGGCUGACCAUUUCUGUCUACGCUGGAAUAAUUACCAAACAAAUAUGACAGCCGUGUUUGACCAACUCCUGCAGGAAGAGGUAUUCGUGGACGUAACUCUUUCGUGCGAAGGUGGACAGCAGUUACGUGCCCACAAGGUCGUCCUGGCGGCGUGCAGUCCUUACUUUCAAGCCGUACUACAAAAUAACCCUUGCAAACACCCUAUAGUGAUUCUGCCGAGAGAUGUGGCGUUCGCUGAUCUUAGAGCCAUUAUAGAGUUUGUGUACCGCGGUGAGAUUGAUGUGGCGCAGGAACAGAUUAACUCGCUCCUCGCUGCUGCUGACACGCUGAAGAUCAAGGGCCUUUGCGAGGUGGGGGAGGACCCGAUGCACGUUCCCCCAGGGUUUACCGCCACCCCGUCAGCCCGCCACGCCUCCACAUCCUCUCACUCCUCUCACGCCCCCCGCGGCCGCCCUCCUUACAGCAGGGGGCGUUUUAAUACCUCCUACAGACCCAGGGGAAGGCCGCCCCUCUACGGGAGACACCGGUACGAGAGGCCCUCCCCCGGGGCAAGCAGACGGAGCGACCACCAUGACGGGAGCUCGAACAAGCGAAUAAAGAUGGAGACAGGGGAGGAGGAGGGGCACCCGGGGGGGGACGACGGGGACCCAGGGGCACAGCAACCCCGCCCCCCCCACCCACACUACGUACACAACGGAGGAGCCCCACACCCCCCUGUGUCCCACGCCCCGCCCGCCGCCCACGGACAUCACGGCGCCCAUCCUUCACAAGCGCUGCACCCCCCCGCCGCCCACGGGCCGCCCCCUCUCCCGGAGCUCGGCCCGUCUGUGGGUUUGCCUCAGCCAGACUCGUCCCUACCCCCCCACGUACUGCCAGGCCUAUCCCCGGGUGAUGACGGGGCUGGCACCUCACACGCGGGGGACUACAACACGGCCUAUGGAGGCUAUGCGAAAACAGAAGCAGACGCGCAGCAUAUGGGGUCAGAUGCUACGGACUCCAGCGGGCAAAGAAUGACUGUGACUCCGGAACUCUUGGGUCUAAUGCCCUCAAAUACAACAUCUCAUUAUUCGUCAGAUACUGAAAGCUUAUCAGGCACACCGGGGGGCAGGAAGCUUUGGACAGACGAGGAUAUGGACAAGGCUCUGGAUGCCCUUCGAAACGCGGUCAUGUCCCUUAGCAAGGCCGCUCACGUGUACGGCAUCCCGGCCACCACCCUCUGGCAGCGCGCCCACCGUAUGGGUAUAGAGACUCCGAAGAAGGAAGGCCCCAAUAAGACCUGGAGUGAACAUGACUUGACGGGCGCUCUUGAGGAACUUAGAAGUGGGAGAAUGAGUGCUAACAGGGCCUCCAAAGAGUUCGGCAUCCCCAACUCUACUCUGUACAAGAUCGCGCGGAAGGAAGGCAUCAAGCUUUCCUCGCCCUUCUCGGCCAUCCAGCCCUCCUGGAACCCUGACGACCUCAACAAGGCCCUGGACGCCAUCAGGGGCGGCAUGAGUGUGCAGAAGGCGGCGCAGGAGUACGGCAUCCCCACGGGCACGCUGUACGGCCGCUGCAGGAGGGAAGGCAUUGAGCUCAGCAAGUACCAGGGCGUGCCGUGGUCGGGGGAGGACAUGAAGGACGCCCUGGAGGCGGUACGCGUGGGCGAGAUGUCCAUCAACCAGGCGGCCAUCCACUUCAACCUGCCGUACUCGUCGCUGUACGGCCGCUUCAAGCGCGGCAAGUACGAGGACGGUCUGCCCCACCAGGACUUCCUGCACCAGGAGAUGACCAUCGAGCACUACCCCGCCGAGCCCCAGGCCGGCCCCGGGGCCCCGCCCCCAGCCGCCUUGCAGCAGCAGCAGCAGCAGCACACGCCGCCGCCCACCAGCCAGCAGGGGCCGCCUCCCGCCCAGGGCCAGGCGGGCCCCCAGCAGCAGCUGACGCCGGGGCCGCCCGCCGAGCAUUAUUGACUAGAUGAAGGGAACACUGGCCGCCACAGCGCCGACGGGGCCACCGCCGCAGAGCGCGGCCCCUCGGACUCAGAGCAGAAGCAAGCCACGCCGCAGCCGCCACAGCAGCCGCCAUCAGACGUGCGCCCGCAGCCGGAUCCGCCGGCGCCCUCCUCGUUGGGCGCCGCCAGCUCCGACUAUGGCGAGAGCGGCGGCCCUCCCACGCCCGUGGUGUUCACGGGCGGAGAGGCGCCGCUGUACUCAGCAGCCGCCGCAGCCGCCGCCGCCGCGGCAGCAGUGGAGCACCACCCGGCGCUGUACUCGCCGCCGGCGUCGCUAGCGGGGCAGGAGCCGCUGUACCCCGCGGCGGCGUCGCUGGCGCAGCCACACCCGCAGGUGUACCCGCACUACUACCCGCUGCCGGAGUAUGCGGGGCUGCGGCCCGAGUACCGCUAUCAGUACCCGCCGCCGCGCCCCGAUGAGCCUCCGCGGCCUGUGCAGUACCCGCACUACCCGCCCUACCACUUCUGACGCUGUGGCAGCCGGUGUUCCCGCAGACCCGCCACCCGCACCCCGUGACGUGUCGCGCCGCCCACCGCAUCCCGCGCUGGCCCGCGCACGCCAACAACAACAACAACAACUUCAGUACGGGGCCAACAACAACAACAACAACAACAACAACAGCAACAACAACAGUAAACAUAAACAACAUCACGCCAAGGAGAAGCUGCUGACACACUGAAGGACCAGCAGCACCACCAGCAGCAGCAGAGCAGCUGAGCAGCUGAGCAGCUGAGCAGGGGACGAGAUUAGCAGGCGAGGCGCCGCCAAGACACACACACACACACACACACACACACCAGCAUCCUGACACUCAGUGUCACACACACACACACACACACACACACACACACACACACACACACACACACACACACACACACACACACACACACAUCCCGGGCCUCGUUGGUCACGCAGUAAGAUAUGAGGGGGAGCGGAGCUCCCUGCCCGCCCCGCCCCGCCCCGCCCCGCCCCCCAGGCCAGCACACGAAGCAACCCUCAGGGUCCGCGGCCCCCCCAAGACAGCAGCAGCAGCAGCAGCAGCAGGAGGGAGGGGGGCGCCGCGCCUCUGUCAGGACUAGAUUAGUUAAAUGCACUAUUUUAAUAUUGGGGGAGGGGGGGAGGGGAUGCGCGGACAGGGAGGGGGGAGGCAGCCAGGCGCCCCCUCCUCCCUGCCGCACCCUACCCCCCCUCUCCUCGCGGGGGGGCGCCAGUGCCAGCCCCCCCCCCGCCCCCAGGGGACCGUUUCAGGUGAGGUGGUUAACACUACCGUCUAUCUAGUGGCUCUUGUAGGCUGUACUCUCUCUCUCUCUCUCUCUCUCUCUCUCUCUCUCUCUCUCUCUCUCUCUCUCUCUCUCUCUCUCUCUCUCUCUCUCUCUCUGUCUGUCGUAGUCGUGAGUGUUGGUGUAAUUGUUAUUAUGAUGUAUUGUGUCGGUGCAGGAUUGUAAGGCGUUAGGAACAUACACCACCACCACCACCACCACACACACACACACACACACACACACACACACACACACACACACACACACAGACACAGACACAAGAUAUACAGCCUUUCUUACAUUGUAUACUAAAAAAAAAAAAUUUCUCUCUCUCUCUCUCUCUCUCUCUCUCUCUCUCUCUCUCUCUCUCUCUCUCUCUCUCUCUCUCUCUCUCUCUCUCUCUCUCAUUUAAAGACACGCUCUCUAUCUCUGUGUCUUAUCAAAUCUACCUCUUGUUAAUGGGGAGUGUUCAGAACUAUUCCACCAGAUGUCACCACUACCACAUGUCCCUUGCUCACGUGACCUUACCUGACCUUACCUGACCUAGAAUAUUGGUGCAUUAAUUCCCAAAGUCCUUAUAUUUCUAGUUUUUCAAGGGCAAACACAAUGGCAAACAAAUGAAAAGCUUACUUGUUGCUGCUUCCCUGAAAGAUAAGGAGUAGCCAGAUCAGGGAGCAAAUGUCUCUAAACUGUGGACAUUUUGAAGCGAGUUUAAAAUGUCUUGUGUCCAAUUUU